GAACAGCCGGUCAGUGUUUCUUUGAUCAACCGCGGCUUCACGACGUGGGUUAGUGGUAUCCGAGCUCUAUAAGUAUAAGACUCACCACCUAACCGCCAUUACCAGAGUUGGAAACAAACAUGUCUCAAGGAAAGUACGACGAGAUACCCACACGGGAAAUCAUGACCAUCAUCAACGUCGAGGACUUGGACUUAAUCGACGAGGGAUGUAUCACAGAUAUCACUGACGAGACCCGAGAAGGGCUAGCCACUGGAGCAUCUCUCAAAUCUGUGAUGCUGACAACGGACAACCUCCCCACCUUGGGCUCGAAAGACUCCGGUUUUUCGUCCCGGGUGUCCGAAGUCGAUGCAGGAGAAACGGAGGAGAGUGGCCGGCGCUCACUUCUAAAGGUGCACAGAAAGGACUUGGAAAAACGGCUCACCAGGAUCUCCGAGUGCCAAAAUGACUCUGGAUGUGUUGUCUCACCAAAAUCUGUGCUUUUGGCCAUCAUCAAGGUCUUGGCUGUGGUGCUGCUCCUCUAUGUCUUCAUCUGCACCUUGGACCUGCUCAGCAAUGCAUUCAGGCUUCUUGGAGGCAAAACUGCAGGAAGUGUCUUUCAAGACAGCAAACUCCUGGCAAACCCCAUCACUGGCCUCAUGAUUGGAGUCCUGGCAACUGUCAUCCUGCAAAGUUCAUCAACCUCUAGUUCCAUUGUCAUCACAAUGGUGGCUUCUAACAUUAUUGACCUGCAUCCUGCCAUACCUAUUAUCAUGGGUGCCAACAUUGGAACAACUGUUACCAACACCUUGGUGUCUCUUGCCCAUUCAAUGGACCGCAAAGAGUUUAGAAGAGCCUUUAGUGGCGCUGUGGUGCAUGAUGUCUUCAACUGGUUGACUGUUCUAAUUCUUUUGCCCCUUGAAUACUGCACAGGCUAUUUGUAUCAUCUUACUGGUGCUGUUGUUAACAGUCUAAAUAUGGAGCACAUGAAAGCCAAAAACCAGGACCUGUUGAAGGUGUUGACUAAGCCACUGACCAGCAAGAUUGUACAGAUUGAUGAGAAUGUUAUUACUGGCAUUGCUGAAGGAAAACAAGAGUUUGCAAACCAAUCAGUUCUCAAGGUUUACUGUAAGUUGCCCAAAGUUCUGGAGUAUAUGCUGAAAAAUGAGUCUGUUUAUGACAACAGUACUGGUCAAGAAUCUUGGGCUCUGGUUAACCAGACAGUAUACAGGACUCCAAUGGAGAGCUGUGCCACACUAUUUAACCUGAUUGGCUGGAACGACACCUCUUCUGGAAUUCUCCUCUUCAUCUGCUCAAUCAUUUGUCUGUCCCUCUGCCUCUACCUAAUGGUCAAGCUGCUUCACUCACUUCUUGGUGGACAAAUUGCCAAGGCUGCAAGGAAGACCAUCAAUGCUGACUUCCCCAGGCCCUUCCACUGGCUGACCGGUUAUGUUGCCAUCAUCGUUGGAGCUGGGAUGACCAUACUUGUGCAGAGUAGUUCUGUGUUUACCAGUGCAUUGACUCCCCUUGUUGGCAUUGGCUGUUUGAAGAUUGAAAGAAUGUUCCCCUUGACUUUGGGCUCUAAUAUUGGUACUACAUUCACAGGAAUCCUGGCUGCUUUGGCUUCAUCCCCUGAAUCUCUUCAGACUGCUCUCCAGCUAGCUUUUUGUCAUCUGUUCUUCAACAUCACCGGCAUCUUGCUGUUUUACCCAAUCCCCAAGAUGCGCAAGAUCGUCCUGAACACUGCAAAAUAUCUUGGCCGCACCACUGCUCAGUACAGAUGGUUUGCCAUUGCAUAUUUAGUUUGCAUGUUCCUUGUUUUCCCUGGCUUUUUCUUUGCCAUAUCAUUUGCUGGUAAAAUAGUUUUCAUUGUGUCAGUUGUCCUGAUAGGUGCCAUCGUUCUCUUCAUUGUGGUACUGAAUGUGAUGCAGAGGAAUGUCCGCCUGAGGAAAAUCCUGCCAAGGCCACUUCUCACUUGGGAGUUUCUUCCAGAGUUCAUGCGAUCUCUAGCACCAGUUGACCGCUGCAUCCAGAAGCUCUUUGUCCCCUUGUCCAAAUACUGCUGCUCAUGCUGUACAAAGAAAUGCAGCUGUCUACAGCCAAUGGAUGUGGACAUGGGUAGUAUCGACAGUGACAGCGAUUCAGAAUCUUCAGUCAAUGUUUCAUACCUCUCAUCUGCCGUGUCUUCAAAGAUCUUCCUAGCCUCUCAGUCUGGCACUGACCUGAAGCACACUGAAUCCUCUCGCAGAAUAUACCGCCCUAAGGAAUCAUCCUCAAGGAGAAACAGCUUGAUAAAGAAAUCACCUUUACUCAAAGUAAGGGAAUCUCUGAAAGAGCCCGAGAGUUGUAAUCAAAAGCCUCUAUUAAAUGAAGGUGAGGCUGAAGACAGGACUGCUAGGUUUUACAUUUCAAAAUCAGAUAUUCGUCUUCAUAAGCCAGAAUUGGAAGAGGCAGGAACACUGUCAUCAAUACAGGUUAAUAAUUUAAAUGAAAGUAUUAUUUGAUAAAUUAUACAUAUCAUUUUUACAUGACUAACUGCAAACUGUUGGCGGUGAAACCUGACAGUUAAUCUGUAAACUGGCUUGCCAUAUGUGCUGAUCUCUUUGUACCCCUGCAGUAGACGCGGGAGGCUUCCACCUGUAGAGAUCUAGUAGGAUGUUGGCGUGAUAUCUGGAAACAAACUUUUACCCAUUUUUGCUUAGAUCUCCAAUAGCUACUAUGUCAGCUGGGCAUUAAGCUCUAACCAAGCUCCUCCUAACUAGUGACUUAACAUUGCAGUAUUAUUUCAUGCCAUUCCAGUUUUUUCAGCUUCAUUCCCUCAUGACGUUUCUUUAAACUAAAGAAAUAGGAUGUGUAAAUUUGGAAUAUGUGAUGCAAGAUGUAUGAUGAAUGUAAUGAAAGGGUGAAUGAAUUCAUACUUAGUUUCAUUUUGUAAAUAUGUACAUUUCUAAUCAUUGCCAAGCGCUAUUAUUGCACCCUCAUAUUUAAUUCAAGUAGCCCAAGGGUCUUUGUAUGAUAGUCUGUUGAAGUUAUUACAUUUUAUAUAGAUCUAUGUAGUUUUAACAUUUUACCAGGAUAGUUGUUAAAUAACAGAUUAUUUUGUAUUGUUUAAAUUUUAAUGACUAUUUUUAUAGAAAGACCUAUCCAUUGGAAUACAUGUAUUUAAGAAUGAUAGAUUCAUAGUAAACCUCACAAUAGUAGAGAUGCUACUUAUAGGCAAUGAAAUUGUGAUCUAUUUUUGUAUUAUUUAUUUUUUUGCUACCGGUAUAUGACAAUUUGACCAAUAUUGUUUGCAUGUUGAGAAGAAAAAGAAACACAUGACAGUAUCUUAGUUUUUAAUUUUUAAAUUACUUUUUGGGUUAUACAUGUUAUGGUAUUUUUAUCUUAAAUAUUUUGCCAAACUAUGUACAACGGCUUUUUGGUAAAAAACACAAAAACUUCAUUGGUAUAUUAAAAAU